AUGACCGCUGUCCUCUCGGUGGCAUGGCUAUCUUUUCGCCUUGGGCUACAUGCCUCUCCGAUUGGACGGGCAGGUCUCGCAACGUUGCGGGAGAACCUCAGCUCUUCAAGCCAGCCAAAGCAGCAUCCCCGUAGUAUACAUGGGUUCCUCCAGUGCUCACAAGGUUCUCCUCCCCAAAGAUGCAAUGCAAGGCCAAUAAUAGCUCCUUACGGACAUUUCCCCCAACUCAGCGGACAGGCAAGAUGCGCAAGCCUGUGGAAGAGCAAACCGGAGGAGUCACCGAGGCAAAAAGCUGCUCAAAACCUGGCUCCCAUAUCCCGAGCCGAGAUCAAGGCAGUAGUUGGAUUGAAGGUAGACCGGAGAGACGGCAAUGACCUCCUGAAGCGUCUACAAGAGCACAGACAUCACGGAACUUUGGACCAGAAGUUGCCAUAUCCUGAUGCCUUAAUAGAAAAAGGCCUGACAUAUCUUCGUGCAAAAUAUCCUUUUGAUGAAGAUGCCGCCAUCCUCGCACGCAUAGACAGGGAGGCAGAUCUGGAAUUUCGACUACCCCAAACGAACAUCGACCAAAGUCCUCAAGCGGUGUCUCAAUUUGAAAAGCUCAUGCGAGAGAACAGAGAAAGACGUAAAGAAGAAAGGGCAAAAAAAGAGACGGAAAAUCAAGAGAGCCUAGCAGAAGAAGGUGCCAAGGCGGAGAGAAGGGUGACAGUAAGAGAUGGAACGGCCCUCGUCCAGCUACGCCAAGAGCCAGAAUGGGUCCAAAAGUAUCGAGACAAAGCACAGAUGAAAGAACUCCCGGAGACGUCAGCAUGGGCAAAACUCCUACCCUCUGGUCUUGUGACACUCGCGGUUGUGACACUCGCCGUCUUGUUUGCACAAAGUUACAAGCAGCCUUCGCGCAAAGCCCGACUUUGGCCAGAUCUACCACCCGCUGCUGCCACCGUAAUCACACUAAUUGGUGUCAAUGUUGCAGUCUUUGUGCUGUGGAGGCUACCGCCCUUCUGGACAUUCCUGAAUAGAUACUUCCUCGUGGUGCCUGCAUAUCCGCACUCGAUGUCAAUGCUUACGGCUUGUUUCAGCCACCAGUCCCUCGCCCAUUUGCUCUCAAAUGUCAUCCCUAUGUGGCUCAUCGGCACUCGCCUACACGACGAUAUUGGUCGCGGGCCGUUUCUAGCUCUCUACUUUUCUAGCGCAGUGAUUGCAGCAUAUAUACCCAUGGUUAUUUAUGUCAUGAGAAAUUUCCUCGGUACAAGUACGCUAGGAGCUAGUGGUGUCAUAACAGCACUUCUUGGGACACUUUGCGUUCUCCAUGAAGGCCAAAACAUUACACUCCCUUUCUUACCACCAGCAUGGACAAGAGGGAUUGAGACCGCUUUUCUUCUCCUUUUCUUUAUUCUUUUCGAAGCAAUGAGCCUGCGCAAAUGGGGUAUCGCGUCCACCAAAUUGCUCAAUACAGGAAGGCCACACGUCGACAAUAUGGGCCAUUUGUCCGGUUAUUGUGCAGGUAUUGGUGCUGGCGCACUCAUUCGGUCCACCGAUCCUAAAUGGAAGAACGCUGAGAGAAAGCAUUUCUUCACAAAGGACUUUGGCAAGGGUUAA